AUGAGCGGCCCAAAGUCGAUAAGCUUAUCCGGAGAAUUAACAACGGGAAGCUAUUGCAGCAACAGCGACAGUGACAGCAGUCAUCAGUCGAGUGGAGGCGGUGGUACGCGAUGUGUGCAAGGCAAUCAAACUGGUAUGGAUGAAAAGCUAAGCGUGGACCUGUCCAGUGUUCGAGGAUCAUUGCAAUCAUCCUCGUGUGAAUCCGAGGCUUCCUCGAAUGAGGCAGAAGUUCUUUUCCCGUUCGUCUGCCAAAGUCCUUUCGUGAACGAGUUUGAAGAGCUGUCAGCAAUUGGCAAAGGUGGCUUCGGUCAAGUUACACUCGCCGAGAAACGCUUGGAUGAACGAAGGUAUGCGAUCAAACGGGUUGGUCUUAACUUGAAGAACCAGACGUCGAAGACUUUGCAGAAGUUUUUGCGUGAGGUGAAAAUCCUAGCGCUGCUGGACCACGCUAACAUCGUUCGUUGCUAUCAGACAUGGAUGGAAAAGGUUGGGGAGAGCACAAAUGGAACGUCAGUAGCAUCGUCGGUUGCCUCUAACACGAGCUCAGUCGGUGGACUCGCUGCUGCGGCAAAUUACGCAACAAAUAACCCUGCUGACCCAGCAACGUCAAGAGAAUUUGCAGGACGCUUGACACAGGAUUGA